UGAUGACGUCGGGGAUUCUUCCAUACCCAACACGAGACGGGCCGUGGCACUGGGGUUCCGCGGGCUUUUCUAUUUUCUUCCUUGAUACAAUAGGUGGUUACUCGGAUAUCCUCGGCGCCCUGGCCUGGCCUGGCCCGCCGUGUCUUAGCUGCCGUCGCUCUUUGACUGCAACUUGGACACUGUCCCCGAGCUCAGCACUGCCGACAAGCUUACUACAUAUACUGUUACUUCUUAUCUCCGUGCAUCCCCUCCAGCACUGCCCGCUGCAACCCGCAGGCUCACACGACUACUAAACAGCUCCUCCUUUUUGCAAUCCGUCUUCCCACCACCUGUCGUGCACUGUACCAUCUUCGCCUACCUAUCUUCCGAAAAUCAUCCUUUCCACCCUAUCGGCUGCCUGCCGAUCUGUUAUUUCUCGCUUCGCACACACGCGACGUUCCUGUGAUCCAAGCUCCCAGCAACAUACCUAUCCAUGAGCUCGACGUCGGAAGCAGCUGCUCUGGCCUCCCCCGCAGCGCCCGCGGCCCAAAAAGGAGACCAUCUCUGCGUCUUUGUCCAUGGCCUUUGGGGAAAUCCGGGACAUCUACAAUUCCUGUCCGACACAUUACGGGCAUGCCACGACGAGUCUGUCCUUCAGAUUCUGGUGUGCAAGAAUAACGCGGGACACCAUACGUACGACGGGAUCGAGACCGGCGGCGAGCGCGUGGCGAAGGAGAUAGAAGAUUUGCUGGAGCAGUCCGCGAGCGAAGGGGUGGAGAUCAGGAAGAUCUCUGUUGUGGGGUACUCGCUGGGUGGGCUGGUGUUGAGAUACGCAAUCGGUCUGCUCUACUCCAAGGGCUGCUUCCAGAAGAUCCAGCCGGUGAACUUCACGACGUUUGCGUCUCCUUACCUGGGCGUGCGGAUACCGUUGCUGGGCUGGCACAAUCACAUAUGGAAUGUACUCGCCGCCCGCACGCUCUCGGAGUCAGGCCGCCAGCUGUUUAUGAUCGAUAAGUUUCGUGGCACAGAUCGCCCGCUGCUCUCCGUGUUGGCGGAUAAGAAUUCUGUGUUCUACAAAGGUCUCGCGAUGUUUGCCAACAAGGCGCUCUACGCCAACGUUACCAACGAUAGGACUACCAGCUGGUACACAUCCGCCAUCUCGCGGCAUGAUCCAUUCGCCGACCUGUCGGCCGUGACCGUUAAAUACCUUCCCAAAUACGCACCAGUCAUUCUCGACCCGGAGGAUCCCGUGCAACUGGCGACUCCUCGGACCGAGGACCUGUCCAUGAGCAGCCGUAUUGCUCGGAGCGGGAAGAAAGUUGCGAAGCUGCCGAUGAUGCUCGUUUACAUCGUUAUUGUGCCCAUCGGAAUUUCGAUCUUCCUGGCCAACUCUGUUCUCCAGGGAGUGUUGAGCAAGCGUCGUAUCCGGCUGCACGGCAACCAGAAGGAGUGGCACGGGUACCAGUCAUUCCCACUGCUGGCGGAGGAGAUCCAGGAAGCGACGGAUCAUGCGAUAGAAGACAUGCACCACGAGCUUCCACCGCAGCACUUGCCGCCGGGAUCGAAAGAGCAGGGCGACGACUCGGAUGGUUCAGAGUCGGAGGAGCUCCUUACGGAUAGCAUGGUCGGAAUCACGAACAGCGUCGUGAUGUCUUCGUCCGAGCGAUCGCACGACAUCCCCGAGAAGCAUCGCGAUCGGCACACGGAGUUUCCCACGCUGGCAUUACACCCGCUGCAGUUCCGAAUGAUCCAUAAUCUGGACAGCCUCAACAUCAAAAAGUUUCCGGUGUGGAUCCACAACAUCCCGUUCGCGCAUGCCGCCAUCGUCGUCAGGAGGCAAACGGAGUCGUACAAUGAGGGCAAAGUCGUCGCUGAGCAUUGGAUCAAGGAGGUGUUUCAGAUUUGAUUGGGGAUUCGUUUUGUAAAUUGUUUUUUUUGACCGCAUCGCAUCGCAGUCGCGCUUGGGAGUUACACUGGGAGUUUUAGCUUAUACCUCGGUUGUUUUUGAUGUCUUUCUGUUGGUUUUUGGGGGGGAUGUGCCGGUUUUGUUGGCUUUAAAUAGACGUGACGGAUUUCUAUUCAUUCUGGUGUUUAUAUAUGGAAUCUAGAUUCUACAGUAGGAUAUACAUGUUGGAGUGGGCGCUAAAUGUGGACAUACUGAGUUAUUUUCUGCCGAUGAAUGAGAAGUAGGUAGUUGGACAUGACCAGUCUACGUGGGGGGAGUGCUAUGGCGGCCAAGAGGGGGAGGAGGGGGAGGAGUGGAGAAGGAUUCCGUUUGAUUAGUGAUCGAUAUAACUG